AUGGCGGAGGGCAAAGGAGGCAUGGCUAUGUCUGAUAUUAUGUGCAACAUUGCGAAGUUCGAUGGAGAAGACAAGACAUAUUCUUCGUCUAAAUGGGCGCAACAUAUUGAGGAUAAUGCGGAAGUUUUCGGGUGGACAGCUCAGCGGAAGCUCAUCAUAGCUCGCAAAUCUCUAACCGGCACGACAGAACUCUGGCUGCGCUCCGAAAAGACAUUCAAAACGUACGAGGACUUGAAGAGUGCCUUACAAAAAGAGUUUUUGGAGUCAGUCAAUGUAAAAGAAAUGCACAAGUUAAUGGCCUCACGUAGAAAACGUCGUGACGAAACCUACUAUCAAUACCUGCUCACGAUGAAAGAACUGGGCAAAAGGGCUAAAUUCCCUGACUACGUAGCCAUCCAGUACAUCAUAGACGGGAUUAACGACAGUGAAGUAAACUAAUUUUGUAUGUCAAAAAUGUGAUUGGACUAACAAUUGAACAUCAAUACUUGUGGACAGACAGUAUGAUCGUUUUGGGUUGGAUGAAAUCAAAUAAAUUAUUACCACCAUUUGUUUCAAGAAGAAUCAAUACCACUUGGUACUUGGUGCAACGGGCUGGUAUCCGCAACUCGACGACAAAGC